AUGAAACGCGAUAUCGCUAAAUUCGACACGAGCGAUUAUCCGACGGACAACGCGUACGGUAUGCCUCUCGCGAACAAAAAAGUACCCGGUCUGAUGAAGGACGAAAAUAACGGUGCGAUAAUGACCGAAUUCGUUGGUCUCAGAGCGAAGAUGUACGCUGUGAGGGUGGACGGCAAGAAGGACACUAAAAAGAUCAAAGGCGUAAAGAAUAACGUCGUAGCGCAAACGAUAACGUUCGACGAUUACACGCGAUGUUUGAACGAAGAGAUCGAAAUGACUCGUCGUCAAUCGUGUAUACGAUCUAAACUGCACGAGGUAUACACGAUAUCCGAAUCGAAAAUCACUCUGAGUCCAUACGAUGACAAACGAUACGUCGUAUCGAAUUCGAUGAAGACGUUACCGUGGGGACAUUGGCGGAUACCUUUGUAA